UCUUCGUUUAUUUUAAAGAAAAUCAUGGCGUCUGCUAAACCUAAAAGUUUCAAGGCCUGGGCUCAGGAACAUGUACUGAUAUGCGAAGAACACACUUUACAUAUUGAUAUCACAUGUGAGGAUUGUGAAAAGUUUAUUUGUUCUAAAUGUGCAAAAACAGACCACAGGGACCACGACUGGAAUACCAUCGCAACAGCAGCGAUUCUUAUCAGAAGAGACUUAACAAAUCGACUGUGUAAAAUUGACGAUGAAUAUGUGAAAGAAAUUUACGAGGAAAUACAAAAGGUAUCAAUGCAAAUAGAUGAAAACCAAAUAUGUUUUGAUUCUGACAUUUCAAAUCUAAACGAGCAGUUUUUGUCAAUUUUCUCAAAACUUCAUGACAUUAAGAAAGAAUACGAAAAAUUGUUAAAGGAAAAUUUCGAAAGAAAACAAGAAGAAUCAAAGAAGGUAAAAUCAAAUCUGGAAAGGAAACACAAAGAAUUGAUUAAACUCGUAAACUUCAUUGAAGAAAAACAUAGUACUAUGUCGGAUUUGAGCUUGAUUGACAACUUAAGAGACUUGACCAAACUGAUAAAUAAUAGAGAAAAUAACAUUGGUUUGCAGAAAGAAAAUCAUUUAGUGAGGUACAAUUAUGGUCACAUCAGGGAUGACUUGUUGAAGUCAAUGAUGGGACAUGCUUUUUGUUCGGAGACCAUAGCUUUAACCGAGACUGAUUCAUUUAAACACAGUGAUGAAUCGAUCCUUGAUUGUGAAGUACUCGAUGAAGAUACAUUUUUGGUAUUGGAAUUAAAUCAUAUUGAACGCGUAAAAAAAGGUGAGAGAGAGAGAUUCAAUCAAGAUGCUACUUGUUUGUGUGUGUCUAACAAUGGUGAUGUGUAUAUAACUAGUGAAAAAAAAAAUUCAAUUUUGAAACUGUCCACGUCAGGUUUGGUCUCUCCUAUGUUUAGUACUGCUCCACUAAAACCAGAAGGGAUCUGCCAGUCAAUAAAAGACGGACUAUUUAUUACAUUAAUUGAUGAUGAUUCAGAAAUCUAUCAUCUAGAAUGGCAUAGCAGACGUCUGGUCAGACACGUGACAAUGUCCGGUGUCGUCAUCCGUGAGUAUGAGUACCACGAAGACGGUCAUACCAGGCUGUUCACCUUGCCAGUGAGAAUAAAACAGAACGGUAACACAGAUAUAUGUGUACUGAACUGGACAAGUGAUGAUUCAAGCGAACUGGUCAUUCUGUCGUCAUCUGGAUGUCUCAAGUCUGUCUACCAGGGCCUGAACAAAUGUUCACUGACUGAUGUGGUGUGUGACGCGUAUUUUAACAUUCUUGUUAGUGACAUGGAAUAUAGCCAAAUCCAUAUACUGAGUGCUGAUGGAAAAUUUCUUAAGUACUUAUUGAAAGAAAAUGAAGUGUACCGCCCAUUUUCACUGUCAAUGUACGAUUCAACACUAUGGGUUGGCGAUAAUUACGGGACUGUGAAAGUUUUCCAUUACGAAACAAGACAAUUGCAUCCUACUCAUACCUGAAAAAAGAGACUUUCUUUUUGGAGCAUUACAAUUUACACGCUUUUGGAUUUGUUCUUCUCUACUGAUUCACAUUUUAAAAAUUGUAUUCACUUUUCUCUCUGAAAACUGUAUGUCCGUUGCAUGUUUGUGUAAUUAUUGAUAAUAACUUCAUGGGUUUCUUUUAAAUUUAGAUAAUGUAUAUUAGAUGUAGAGUAAGGGACUCUCUGAACGGAACACAUCGUCACUUACUUGAUAAAUUGUAAAUGGUUUACUAAUUUCAGUUCAUUUUAUAAUGAACUGACAUUAUGUCAAAUAACCACUCAAGGGGCCUCAUUUACACAAAUGAAUUUAGGUUAUAGCAACUCCUAUGAUAAACAUGAAAAAUACAUGCUUACAAAAUAAUAAUUGUGGUUAUUUUAAAAUCUUUGAACAAUUAUUACCUGAGAAAAGUAGAAAAAAACCAUAUCUUUAUCAACAAACAUGUCCAGGAGAAUAUUCGCAAGCCCUGCAUUUUUUUGUUUACAGAACAUACGCAUAGUAUAGAAGGCUGAACCCCGCAACACGUUGCGAUAUAAAUAUGUGAUAGGUUAUACGUUAUUAUUAAUUUUAAUGAAACAAAUAGAUUUAUUUCAUGGAGAACUUUGUAAUUUUCUGAAAGUUUAUACAUUUAUGAGUAGUACAAAAAUACCGAACCCGAUCGGAUUUUUUUUUUCGUUUUUUUUUUAUAAGAUGCGCCGUACUGUGGCUUUAAUGUGAAAUUGCAUGCAGAAAUGGUGUAAUUAAAAAGUAUGUUUCCUCGUCUGUUGAUGUAAGAUAUAAUAAAACAAAUAAGGUGAAUUGCUUUUUACAAAUACUGUUCACCUUUAAGACAAUAUGAUUUCAAAGUUAUCUUUUUUUGUCUGUAGUCUCUUUUUAUAUGAUGAACUUUAAAUUAAUGUUAUUGUUCUGAUUAAAUAAAAUAUUUAGAUCUGCAUUAUACCAUCUUUUCAACUUUUCAAACUUCUCUGGCUCGAAACCAAAAAAGAGGACUUUUAAAAUACUUUGAUCAUGAUAUUUGUUAGAAUUUAUCAUUGCUAGUUUACCAAUUACCCUUUUAUUGGUUCUUAGUUGAAUAGUAUUUAAUUAUUCGACACCUAAUUUACUUCUACAAAAGCACAAUUUUCUGCAAUGAUAGAACACUGAACAACAAAUAUGAGGACCCUGUUUACUUAGUUUGCCAGUAAAAAUUUUACACAUUAAAAUAUAGAAAACGAAAUGAAAAAAGC